AUCAAAUCAUCUUGUUUUUUUUAUUGCCGCAUGUAACGCACGUGUCGUCCGGUUCCAGGAACUGAAACAAUAUUAACCUUUAAUAUGCCAGAGGGCUUAGUGUGUAAGACCUCCGGCAAUUGUCGAGAGAAAAACAAACAUAACAGAUAACAAUUACGAAAAAUAUCAAGAAUAUCGCAUUACGUCGCGCUAACUGUUUUAAAACGACUGAAGUGUACAAAUGUGAUUAAAGAGCACCACGCUCCCGUUCAAAAAAUCCAUGACGUGUUUUCCACGCGCCAUCUCCAUGUUUUGACUACCACCACCAACAGCAACACAGUGAACCCGACCAACACAUAGCCGUUGCGCUUGCAAUCCCCUCUGUGUUUUUCAACAAAAUGGCUGAUUUUGGGGAUGAUACCGGAGCGAGAGCCCUGCUUGCCCUCAAAUCUGCUCCUUGUAGUCCGGUGGCUAUUUCUAUCCCGCCCGUGUACACUUUCUCCUCCUCGACUUCGCCCGGGAUCAUAUCAUCCAUGCCCCUCUCCCCUCCGUCGCAGGCCCUCGCUCGCCUGGAAGGCAGGGACUUCGAGUUCGUCAUGCGCCAGAAGACGGUGACCGUGGGGCGGAAUUCGUCGCAUGGCUCCGUGGAUGUCAACAUGGGCCACUCGAGCUUCAUAUCCAGGAGACAUUUGCAGAUCACCUUCGAGGAGCCUCAUUUCUACUUGCGCUGUCUCGGCAAGAACGGUGUGUUUGUCGACGGCGUUUUCCAGAGGAGAGGCGCACCUCCACUUCUCCUACCGAGGGAGUGCACAUUUCGAUUUCCCAGCACGGUGAUAAAGAUUCAGUUUACAGUGCUCUACCACAAGGAGACACAGAAGGAGGAGGAUCCUGUAUCUCCUGUGAGACCCCUUUACCCACAAAUAUCUCCGCUGAAAAUCAGCAUUCCUGAAAAUGACUUCAGAAGUAUGAUGAGUCCCCUGCCUUCGCCGACUGGAACUAUCAGCGUUCCCAAUUCCUGCCCAGCGAGCCCUCGGGGCGCAGGUUCUUCGGGAUACCGCUACGGCCGCAACAUCACCUCAGAUCUCCAGCUGGCUGCUGAGUUUGCUGCCAAGGCUGUGUCAGAACAGCGCACUGAAGCCACGGGAGGAGACAGUCCUAAGGAUGAGUCCAAACCUCCAUAUUCAUACGCCCAGUUGAUAGUCCAGGCCAUCUCGUCUGCACCGGACAGACAGCUAACACUAAGUGGCAUCUACGCUCACAUCACCAAGCAUUAUCCCUACUACAGGACGGCCGACAAGGGCUGGCAGAACUCCAUUAGACACAACCUGUCUCUCAACCGCUACUUUAUUAAAGUGCCGCGUUCACAGGAAGAGCCAGGCAAGGGUUCGUUCUGGCGCGUGGACCCCUCAUCAGAGGCCAAGUUGGUGGAGCAGGCCUUCAGAAAGCGUCGGCAGAGAGGGGUGUCCUGCUUCCGCACGCCCUUCGGCCCGCUGUCCUCCAGAACAAAGAGUGCUCCCGCGUCUCCCACCCACUCUGGCCUCCUCUCUCCACACUCGAGCGGCCUCCAGACCCCCGACUGUCUGUCACGGGAAGGAUCCCCAGUGUCACAUGAGCAUGACUUUGGCUCCAAGCUUGCGUCUGUGCCCGAGUACCGAUACUCCCAGAGUGCACCAGGCUCUCCAGUGAGCGCCCAUCCUGUAAUCAUGGCCGUACCAUCUCAGUCCUCAGCCGCCAUCCCCAAGCCUGUGACUUACAUGCCGGCCUCCAUCAUUAGCUCCUCCCAGGCCUCUGGUCAGGCCAUCCAUGUGGUGCAGCAGGCGCCAGCUGUCACCAUGGUCCGUGUAGUGACCACCUCCACCAGCUCCCCCAAUGGCUACAUCCUGGCUAACACCACCUCAAGCUCAGGAGAGGGACCUGGAGAUCAAAGAGUGGAUGAGAUGCCUAUGGUUGGCAGUAGAGUUAUUCAGGCUGUAGGGAGUCACAUAAGCUCGGCCAAUAGGGGGCAGCAGAGCUACACUGUUGUCCAGCAGAGCGCCAUUCACCACCUUCCUGUGCAGACCAUUUCUCAGAAUGGCAAACAUGCUCUUCCUAUCAGCAGUGUACCAACCAGUGCUUACGCCCUUACCAAUCCUCUUCAGAUCUUGGCUGCCCAGGCUUCUACAUCCCCACCGGUCCUGGUCAACAGGCCCUCCAGCAUUGAAACCAACGAGUCCAGCAUCAACGAGCCCGAGCUCAAACGGCCCAAAAUGGACGAGGACAGUGUCGCUCCAGUCCCUCAGCCUGUUAUUGUUGCAAUGAACCAAGAGGCCAGUGAAUGAAUAAGUGAGUGAUCGAGUGAGCCAAUGACGGAUCAUUAAACCACAUCUCACAAUAUCGUCAAACAUAUUGAGGGAAACGUGUUUGGUUUUCUUUAAAACGAGAACUUAAAAGUUUUGUAAACGCCCGACACGGGUAACUGAUCGAAUGUCUUUGUAAGAAGAGGUUUAAGCGUCUUUGUAUCAUGGGGGUUAAUUCAUUGAGCUACAUCUGGCAGCAUUAAAAUUCAAUGCUCACAGUUUUAAAUUUGUAGGGGUUUUUAAUCUUGUAAGAAGUAUGAAGAGAGGUACACGUGCUUAAAGACACCAGCUAGGCAUGUGCGCCCAGGUAGUUCCUCACAAGGUACAUCUGAGAGAGAGAGAGAGUUCAUUCUUCUUUUCGGGAUGGGGUGGGACCAAUACCUAUGCAGCUAUUACAGUCUGAGACCACGAGUCUCUCUGAAUUGAAACAGUAUAUAAAAAGGGUCACAGGAACUGCAGUUACCUGUGUGGCCUGUGUGAGGAUUUAUUUAUCUCUGUUAAAAAAAGACUAUCUUUAAUGAAAUAAUAUGUUAAUACUCAUAGAAAUGAACAGAUAGGAUAGAGGCCUUUUCUAGCUGGAGUUCUUUAACCUACAUUAUUAUUCUGGGGAGGAUUCUUACCUUGCUUGCUUACUACAAAGAGACAUUUCUAGAAAAAUGCUUAUUUCUUAAUUGGUCUGUGUUUAGCGGAAAAAUUAAAAAGAACUCAAUGAAUGUAAGUAGCGUUUGUUUAUUUGUUCGUGGCACCCACUUUUGACCUGAACUAUAUAUUAGACCAUUAGAAUGUGUUUGUAGAUAUGUUCUGUUAUAAAAACUAAGUUCAUCGCAGUCGUAUUGGCCAAUCCCCAUAAAGAAAUCCGGAUUGCAUCGAUGGAUGAAUGCAAGCACAUGAUACCAAAUGCUUUUCCAGACCCAGGAAUGUAACUGUUGCCGAGGCCGUUUCUUCACUGACUUUCUGUGAUCACUUAAUAAUCACAGAAGCCACUAAAUGAAUGUUGAGUAUUUUUCUGAGAGUUCAAGAAACCUAUUUUUUAGGAGUAUACACAAAGUCAGCCUUUAAUGAGACUUUCUAGUUUUACUAAGAGAAGAGUAAAUAUAUAUUGUUGAAGUUAUUCCAAUGUGCUUUCAAGACAAUCACUAACAGGAUUCAAUUCAGAAACCGCUUUGUAUGUUGCAAAUUAUACACACCACAAAUGUGCAGUGAAGUACCCUAGUGUACUUGAAGUGAGCCACUGUUUGUAUGCUAACGUAGUCACACGGCCGUACAGUGUACCUUUUGCAGUAGAAACCGAAACUUCAACAGACCAAAUACAUAUCCUCAUUAUUAGUGCCUUAGUGCUCCACUUCUUUCAGGACUCACUAAAAAUCAGUGUGAUGUACUACUUAAAGACAACUUCAUCAAACUUGCCUACUAAUAAGUUAAUUCGCAGGUUUGAAUGAAUGAACACAUCUUGCAAGAAAAAAAGAACAACGCAGCAUCCUGCCUAUGUAACAAUGGAGGGAUUGUAGAGCCCUAGAAGAACAGAUGAGAGGGUGACUUUUUGUGUUGUGACUGGAAGGGACUGAGCAAUAUGGUAAAUGAAAGAGGAAUCUGUCAGUAAAAAGGUCUUUUGGAGGUUUUAAAAGCAUCAAACGAACAUUUGGAUUCCAACAAUGCAGAUAUCAAUGUAAAAAAAAAUAUAGAGAUUGGAUCUAGUUGAUUAGAUGUCACCCUUCGUUUCAUGUCGUCACAAUGUGGGCUACAAUAAACAAAAUUAAUGAGAGAACCACUAUUCCAUGUUUAUUUGACACAAAAGAAUAUGUUCUUCAUGACUGACCUCCUGUAUGCUUUUAUUUCUUUCUUAUUCCGUUGGAAUAACCAAUGGAAUGGUGAAACAAACAUUGUCAUUGUUAACACAAUCAACGUACAGAAUUAGCUGUCACUGCCUAAAUGUUUUUCAUGAUACAAUUAACAAUAUGCCACAGUGUCUGUACACGUAUAUAACCAUGGAGCAUUUUUAUCACAACGAUAUUCAGAUUUUUUUAAUUAUUAUUCCUUUUUGUGCUUGUUUUGUUCUGUUCAUUGCUAUUUGCAUAUGCAAGUGUUUAUACACUAAACAUUUCUAAUUUAAACUUUCCUUUCUUUUUUCAAAGAAGAUAUAAUCUGUUUCCACUGUACACAAAACACCCCUUAAAUCCCCUUGCUAUGAGAUCAUGCCAUACAUCUGUGAAUGUCCACUGGUUUGUCUUUUAAUGUGUAUUUAACUACACAAUGUAUAUGAGGGCUUUUCUUCUGUCCAUGCAGUUUAUGCAAUGGUGUACCUGGAAUUAAUAAAAAAUACUUCACUGGCUAAUCUUUUAAAUGAAUCUGUGAUCAUGACAUCUUGUGUCUCGAUUCCAUGGAUGAAGGUUUAAGCCUUGCAAUAUAUCUUUGCCCCUGCCUUUGUUUCUUUUAAUAUUCAAGGAACUUAUUUUUAUCUUUCCUUCUUUAUUAUAUGCUGGGUACUUUGCUUGUUUCUGUUUCCACAAUUUACUUUCCCGUUUAUAGGGCCCGAACACCGAUGGUGUGAGGACCCUUUUGGAAUUGCUCUGUUUAUUAUUAUUUAUUUAUUUUUUUGUAACCCUGUCAACUCUGUCCUGUCUUGGUCUGAGGAGAAGUUUUGAAAAUCCAGUUAACCGCAAACUAUUAAAAAAAUAUGAGCUACAAAGUUUCAGCUGCAGCCUGCUUGUGCAUGCAAUGGUGAUCUCUGGCUCUGAUUUAUAAAUAUGUUUUUUAAAAGCAGUAGGUAUGAAUUUUAUUGCUUACCAUUAACUAAUUACAGCUUUGAUCAUUCAGGAAGUUUGUAUGAGAGUGCAAAUUUUUUUUAAAAAAGAAAAGAAAAAGGUUUCUGGUGUAUCAGAUCUUGUUUUUAAAAUAUUUAAAUGAAUGUUACUGAAUGAUUGAACAGUGUCUUGUAAUGUAAUUCUUCAUUGGACACUGGCUUUAUUCAUUUAGUCAGACCUCGUGGAUUUUAUUUUUACACAUAAAAUUGUAAUUCCUUUUAACUCUAAUAACAAUAUGUUUUACUGUUUGAAGUAUUGUGCAUUGACACUGCAAUGAUUUUCUCGGCUAGGAUUAUGUUGUGUUUUAUGUUUUGUUUGUUCUUAUUUUUAUAUAGUGUAGUUCGCCCUUUAAAUGUUGAGUAUAUGCCUAGUAUAUUUCCAUUUGUUGUUGUAGAGAAGGUGGUAGGUAAAUAUUUUUUUUUUCUUUUUUACAUUACUGUAAAACAUUCAUGUAUUAGUACCAUGUACAAUCAUUGGGGACUUGAUACAUGCAUUAAUUCUAUUAAAGAACAUUUCAAAAUGAA